AUGGGAAACUAAUGUAAAGAGUGUACUUAAGAAUUAUAAACGUAAACUUUGAAAACUUAGCAAAACCUUCAAUCUAAUAAUAAAUUAUUUAGUUUUGGGAUAGAGAAUUCAUUGCAUUUUGAAUAUAACUCUAUAAAUGUUGUACCUUAAUUUGAAUAACCAACUUUAAAAUUAAAGGUUUUCUUAACUCCUCCAACAAUGGUUCGAUAGUUAUCAGAAGAAUCAUUCUAAUCUCUAUAAGAACUUGACGAUUAAAAGGAAACAUUUUAAGUUUGUGAAUAAUAAAUGAAAAAAUAACUAACAAGAAUUCAGAGUCAAGAAUAAAUUGCAUAGAGGCCAUCACCAAUAAGAAAAAGGAAUUUCUCUGAAUCUUAUAAUGUACAAAAACCUAAAAAAAAAAAAUCUCCUUCUAAUAUUGAUAAAAAUUAUAGAUCAUCUCUAUGGGACAGCAGGACAAUAAACUAGUAACUCAGAUAAGCGAAAUAAACAUUCGUUUAUUGUAAAGCUUACUAAUGUUAAUAUAUUUAAAAUUAGGAAUCUAUAAAUGGAGAAAAGAACAGUAAGUUUUCUACAUUAAGUGCUUUAACUAUAAGCAAAAGAGAUUAAGUUAGAAAAAAUAGUCAAGUAGCAAAUUAAAUCUAAUAUCAAUCCCGAUUUAGCUAUCAAAAAGUAAAUGAAUAAAGAAUAUUUUAUCAAUCUCGCAAAUAGUAAUCUUAAUUUUUUUUUUGA